CCUCUAUUAUGCACUUCCCGUCCCUAAUUCUAUUCUCUUCUCCAACUCUCUGGUUCUCUUCGCCCUACAAGCCCUAAAAUCUCAGUUUAUCCUCUCCGGGACAUUAUCUUAUUAUUCUUUCCGGUAAGAAAUUCAAUUAUCCCUAUUCUGUUGAUUGUUAUAGGUUUAUUGCCGGAAGAUUUUAUUUUAAAACCCUAAAUCAAGAAAUCUCUAAGUUUUAUUUUGUAUUCAAACAAUGGGUAAGAACGAUUUUCUAACGCCAAAAGCAAUAGCAAAUAGAAUAAAGGCAAAAGGUUUGCAGAAGCUACGUUGGUACUGUCAGAUGUGUCAAAAACAAUGUAGAGAUGAGAAUGGAUUUAAGUGUCAUUGCAUGAGUGAAUCCCACCAACGCCAGAUGGAAGUUUUUGGUCAAAACCCCACUCGAGUUAUUGAUGGAUACACUGAAGAAUUCGAAACUACUUUUCUUGAUCAUUUAAAAAGAAGUCAUCGAUUUAGUCGAAUUGCUGCAACUGUUGUUUACAAUGAGUAUAUUGCUGAUCGUCACCAUGUACACAUGAAUUCGACAGAAUGGGCUACUUUAACUGAUUUCGUUAAGCAUUUAGGUAGGACUGGAAAAUGUAAGGUUGAAGAGACGCCCAAAGGGUGGUUUAUGACUUAUAUUGAUCGUGAUUCAGAGACCCUUUUCAAGGAGCGAUUGAAGAAUAAGAGAGUUAAGUCGGAUAUGGCUGAAGAGGAAAAACAAGAAAGGACGAUUAGAAGACAGAUUGAACGUGCCGAGCAAUCAAUGCCAUUAUCGACAAUUGAGGAAGGGCAAAAAGAAGGCGAUGAAGCGGAGAAACUGCUGGUACCUAAACUGGAAGGGGGGAAGAUUGCAUUUGCUUUAGGUUCGUCUUCUAAACCUGCUACUAAAGAAAAUGGUGAGAGGUCUACCUCCAAAGUUGUUUUUGAUGAAGUUGAGGUUGACAAGGUUGAGAAGAAGGGUAAAGGUAGUGGUGCUUUAAGUAAAGGUGGUGGCGGUAGCUCAGCUUUAGAUGAGGUGAUGAAAGAGCAAGAGAAGGCAAAAGACCGUAACAAUCGGAAAGAUUAUUGGUUAUGUGAAGGAAUUAUAGUCAAGGUUAUGAGCAAAGACUUGGCACAAAAAGGCUAUUACAAGCAAAAGGCACAGGUUGUUAAGGUAAUUGACAAGUAUGUUGGAGAAUUGCAAAUGCUUGACACCAAGCACAUACUUAGAGUUGAUCAAGAGGAGCUCGAAACAGUGAUUCCACAGAUUGGGGGUCUUGUGAAGAUAGUAAAUGGGGCUUACCGAGGAUCAAAUGCUAGGUUGUUGAAAGUGGACACAGAUAAGUUUAGUGCCAAGGUGCAGAUAGAAAAGGGCAUAUAUGAUGGAAGAGUACUUCAGGCAGUUGAUUAUGAAGACAUCUGCAAGAUUGCACAAUGAGUCUGUAGUUAUGCUGACAAGGGACAAACUGUUGAAUGAAAAUGUACGGAGGAGCUCUUCGACAGCACAGCCAUCUUGAAGUACUGUCAAAAGCCAAGGGGUGCUAAAGCUUCAAAAGACAUGUAGAAAAUUUGUUUCAUGGAAGAAGAGGUGGUAAAUGUUUCAUAAGAUGCUGGGGAAGAUAAUAACAUAUGGCAUUUUUAAGCACGUCUUUAUGUUGCUUUGGGAGUGUCUGUCGGAUGCCUUUGGGAUCGUUUCUGUUCUAUGAUACCUUUGGGAUCGUUUCUGUUCUAUGAUAAACGCCGUUUGUUUUAUCCUUUUUCUUAUUGGAUUUUAGAAACAGUACGUAAAAGGGGGUCCUAAUCAUCAGCAAUGGAAACGCUCCUUGUAAAAUAGGAUCACCCUCAUCAGUAAGGGAAGAGUACUUCUGUUCGGAUUUAGUUUCCAAAGAAUCGAAACUUACUAGCACCUUCUAUGGUAUUGUCAUUUUGCUGUUGAUGAAUUUAUAGUGUUGCCUCUUGUUGCUUUUCAAAGAAUCAGAACUUGUAUUACCUUUUAUAGUAUUAUCAUUUUGCUGUUGAUAAAUUUAUAGUGUUGCCUCUUGUUGCUUUUCAAAGAAUCAGAACUUGUAUUA